CAAUUGCCGCUGUUAAUAACCGAGCAUCACAAAUCGUUUUAAAUUGAUGGAUGAAGAACAUUCGUGCGCGUAAGUAAAACCCUGGUUUCAAAACCCUCGAAAUUUGAGAGUGAAAGAAAGAAAGGAGAAACAGUAAUGGAAACGGACGAUUGGGGAUUUAGUGCGGAGGAACUCGAUUUUCUUGAAAAGGAUGCAAUCAAUCGAGUCGCCCAACGAAAUAGCAGUGCCGCCGGUGCUACCAGCACCAGUACUCAUGGACCUUCAAACUUUUACAACGCCGCUAAGCCAAUCUACCAAUCUACUUUUAAUAACAACAAGUUAAAUUCUUUGCCAAUUGCUUCAGGGAAUCCAGCAGCGGCCACUACAAGAAAUGUAUCUGGAGACGACUGUUCCAAGUCUCGGCCGAAAGUGUCUAUUAAGUUUUUUCUACAUGCUAGUGGAAACAUUGCUGCAAAGUUUGUGUAUAACGAGGUACUUGUUGCAGCAUUGCGUAAAGUUACCAAAGCAGCUUGGAAUAGAGAUGAAAGAUUGUGGCUGUUCCCGUUGUCAUCUUUAGCAGAAGCGGAAAAAGUUAUCGGAGAAAUAACAUGUUCUAACAUUGAGGUAGAAACUCUAGAUCCAUUGUUGCACCGUGCUAUUGCUUCUGCCUCCGCUGUUCCAGAUCUUCGAGACCGUUAUGACCGGAUGCCUGAUAGCAUUGAAUCAAAGCUUUUACCAUUUCAGCGAGAGGGUGUUAGGUUUGUGUUGCAGCAUGGUGGGCGUGUCCUCCUGGCUGAUGAAAUGGGUCUUGGAAAGACUCUUCAGGCUAUUGCUGUAGCGGCUUGUGUUCGUGACUCAUGGCCUGUUCUUGUUCUUACUCCAUCUUCAUUGCGGCUUCAAUGGGCUACUAUGAUUCAGCAAUGGCUAGACAUUCCUUCAUCAGAUAUACUUGUAGUUUUGUCUAGUUAUAGUGGGUCAAACAAGGGCGGCUUCACAAUAGUUCGAUCAAACACCAAGGGAAAUGUACGUCUUGAUGGAUUAUUCAACAUUGUAUCAUACGAUGCUGUUCCCAAACUUCAAGGCAUUCUAAUGAGCUCAGAUUUUAAGGUUGUGAUUGCCGACGAGUCACACUUUUUAAAGAAUGCCCAAGCGAAACGAACUAGUGCAUCACUUCCCGUAUUACAGAAAGCUCAAUAUACAAUGCUGCUUAGUGGAACUCCUGCCUUAUCUCGGCCGAUUGAGCUAUUUAAACAGCUUGAAGCAUUGUAUCCUAAAGUAUACAAGGACGUUCAUGAAUAUGGAAAACGAUAUUGUCAGGGUGGAAUUUUUGGAAUGUAUCAAGGUGCAAGUAAUCAUGAAGAACUGCACAAUUUAAUAAAAGCAACUGUGAUGAUACGAAGACUCAAAAAAGACGUUCUCUCUGAGCUUCCUGUGAAACGAAGGCAACAGGUUUUCUUGGACUUGGCUGACAAGGACAUGAAACAAGUCAAUGCUUUAUUCUGUGAGUUGGAAGUAAUUAAAAGCAAAAUUAAGGCAUGCAAGUCAAAAGAGGACGCCGAGUCUCUUAAGUUUACAGAGAAGAAUCUCAUAAACAAGAUUUAUACAGAGUCUGCAGAAGCCAAAAUCCCCGCUGUUCUGGACUACCUGGGAACUGUCAUUGAGGCAGGGUGCAAGUUUAUCGUGUUCGCUCAUCAUCAACCAAUGGUCGAUUCAAUACAUCAAUUUCUUCUGAAAAAGAAGGUUGGUUGUAUUCGUAUAGAUGGUGGCACUCCAGCAGGAUCAAGGCAAUCCUUGGUUAAUGAUUUUCAGGAAAAAGAUAAUAUCAAAGCUGCAGUGCUUUCAAUCAAAGCUGGUGGUGUUGGGUUAACAUUAACUGCAGCAAGCACAGUUAUAUUUGCCGAGCUUUCUUGGACUCCAGGCGACAUUAUUCAAGCUGAAGACCGUGCUCACAGAAUUGGCCAGGUGUCAUCGGUGAAUGUGUACUUUCUCCUAGCAAAUGACACGGUUGAUGACAUCAUAUGGGACGUUGUACAAAGCAAGUUAGAAAAUCUAGGACAGAUGCUCGAUGGCCACGAGAAUUCCCUGGAAGUUUCCGGUAACCCGUCUACUAUCAGUAGAAGCCCUGCAAAGCAGAAGACAUUGGAUUCCUUUGUGAAGCGUUGUAAUUCACUCACCUCGGAACAGCCUAAUCCAAAACAUCCAAGGUUGUCUGGCACGGACGGAAAACAACCAAUCUGAUACGCAGUAUUAUGUUUUUUGCUUAACAUAUUUUUUGGUUUUUAGUAUGUUUAGUCUUCUUUGUCUACUGUCUAGUCUCUAGUGUUUGGUUGAUCUUUGAUAUCAUAUGGUAGUUUCAUAGGUUAAUUUUUCUAUAAUUUGGCUUAA